CUCUCUCUCUCUCUCUCUCUCUCUCUCCAUUAGGAUCCACUGAACGAUGCGAUCUCUGGGAGCCAGCGCUGUCGCCGCCGCCACCGCCCGCUAGAAACCUUUCCCCCCUUCCCCCCUUCCCCACAGCUUGCAAAGCCCCCCAAAGAAGAGGGAAAAGGGAAAAAAAGAAGAAAGAGAAGGGGAGGGGAUGCAAUACUAAUCACCAUCCUAAUAAUCCUCUCUAGUCUAAGGAUCCACCCUGCCCCCCAUCCCCACCCUCCUCCGGCUCCUGGCUCCAUCGAGUCUCUGCCCUUUUUAUUUUUAAUUUUUAAAUUUUUUUUUUAAUAAUCCUCGGUGUCCGCAGCCUAGCGCUGCUGCUGCUGCUGCUGUUGCUGCUGCUGCUGCUGUUGCUGCUGCUGCUUCCCCUGCCGCUGCUCCGGGUCCCCGGCGGUGGUUGUCUCUUUUCGGAUGCUUUGCUUGCAAGCAGCGGAGAGAGACCCGCAACCCUGUCUCUAGAGCUACCAACCCCAGCCCCGACCCCAGCCCCGAAUCCAGCCUCCUUCUGCAGGUGACCGGAAAAGGGGGCAGUAGCCUGAAAUCCACCUUGCGAAUUUUUGGGGGGAGGGGCUGCAUUUUUAUUGUGUUUGGGAAACUUGAUUUCUUUUUAAAAGAAAAAAAAAGACAAGAAAGAAGGAAAGAAAAUUAGCGAUUUUUUUUAAAGGACAGAAAUAAAUAUUUCUGGGGGGGUGGGGGGGUCAAGCCGAGCAGGGGAACCGUGCCAGCCGAGGCGUGCGGGCUGUUUUGGGUGUCACGAUGGGAUGUACAUUGAGCGCAGAGGAGAGAGCCGCCUUGGAGAGGAGCAAAGCGAUUGAGAAAAACCUCAAAGAGGAUGGCAUCAGCGCCGCCAAAGACGUGAAAUUACUCUUGCUGGGGGCCGGAGAAUCAGGCAAAAGCACCAUUGUGAAGCAGAUGAAGAUUAUUCAUGAAGAUGGUUUCUCCGGAGAAGACGUGAAGCAGUAUAAGCCUGUGGUCUAUAGCAACACUAUCCAAUCCCUGGCAGCUAUUGUCCGUGCCAUGGACACCUUGGGCAUUGAAUAUGGUGACAAGGAACGAAGGGCUGACGCCAAGAUGGUGUGUGAUGUGGUAAGUCGGAUGGAAGACACGGAGCCCUUCUCUCCGGAGCUGCUCUCCGCCAUGAUGAGACUCUGGGCAGACUCUGGAAUACAAGAAUGUUUCAACCGUUCCCGAGAAUAUCAGCUUAAUGACUCUGCCAAAUACUACCUAGACAGCUUAGAUCGAAUUGGAGCCGGGGACUACCAGCCCACAGAGCAAGACAUCCUCCGAACCAGGGUCAAAACCACCGGCAUUGUAGAAACCCACUUCACGUUCAAAAACCUCCACUUCAGGCUGUUUGAUGUCGGAGGCCAGAGAUCUGAACGCAAGAAGUGGAUUCACUGCUUUGAGGACGUCACAGCAAUCAUCUUCUGUGUCGCGCUGAGCGGUUACGACCAGGUGCUCCAUGAAGACGAAACCACGAACCGCAUGCACGAGUCCCUCAAGCUCUUUGACAGCAUCUGCAACAACAAGUGGUUCACAGACACCUCCAUCAUCCUCUUCCUGAACAAGAAGGACAUCUUCGAGGAGAAAAUUAAGACAUCACCACUGACCAUCUGCUUUCCCGAAUACACAGGCCCCAACGCCUUCACUGAAGCUGUGACCUACAUCCAGUCCCAGUAUGAGAACAAGAACAAGUCCACCAACAAGGAGAUCUAUACACAUAUCACUUGUGCCACCGACACCAAUAACAUCCAGUUUGUUUUUGAUGCGGUGACGGAUGUCAUCAUCGCCAACAACCUCCGCGGCUGUGGACUCUACUGAGCCCCAGGACCCCCACCUGUCCCCGAGAGCUCCUCCGCCCUGUUCCGCCUCCCUCUUCCCUGCCCCUUCCCCUCCUUGGAACAAGAGCGUCUACACCGUUCACAUUACCCAUCCUUACAAAGAAGGAAGAAUGGAGGGAGUGGGGCUGAGGGAAUGGAAGGAGAAAACUCCCUCCCGUCCCCACCCGCUCACUCCCUCCCAGGCACAUCGUAUCCAAGUCCCUCUCUGAGCCUUUGCUUUUCAGGUGUAGGAAUGGCAGCCAGGAUCUGUGUGACUGGGCUGGGGUGCCAGACCCGUGCGGACACGAGGGAUUGAGAACAAGCAAGGAAGCCAUUCAUCCGCCUCCCAGGCUCACUUUUAGCUUAACCUAUUGAAAUGUGUAUUGUAAGGAUGGCUUCUUUAGAACUUCAAAUUGGAAGGAUACAGAUUCCUUGACUACUGUUCUUUGGUUUGCUGCAGAUUUGGAAAACUCCCAAGACAGAGUCUAGGCCUAAGCAAGCAUCCCUUUGGUAGUUUCUUCCUAGCUGCACUGUGGUAGUCCUUGUGUUUUAAGCAGGAAAGGGUCCGUAGCUGGCAAGGAUGUUGAUCAAAAACAGAAGAGACCAUUCUGCUCUUUGCUCACAUCUCUCCUGCAGGACAGUUUUGGCCCCAAAGCCCAGGGAGAUUUGGCCUUUCUGGAGCUUGUCAGACCAUUAGGCGAAGUGUUCAGGGCUUUGGGCCUCCCCUCUGCAACUUCCCCCUCCUCACACCCCGAGGCAACAAGGCCUAGGUUCCUCCCCAGGCUCUCAGGAUCUUGUCCUUUUGUUCCCCAGGGAUUGCACCACCCCUACAGUACAGGUCACCAAAUGAUUUCUGUUCCCUCGCCUGCCUCCACCUUUGGGUAGAAUCAUCCACAUCGACAGCCUCUUUGCAGAAGGGAAGAUGGUGAGGAGAGGGCAAGACAAAUGUGUGACAUGUUGAGGCUCUAUUGACUCUCUUGUCCUUCCUUCUUUCUUUCCGUGGUAGAAGAUGCUGAGAGGCUCCAUGGAGCCCCAUCCUGAGACCAAGUUCAGUCUUCGGUGACUCUUUAUGACGAGAUGCCAUAGGGUAGAGUUGAGAAGUUGCAGAUUGAGAAAAGAGGAAGGGAGGCAAGAGAGAGAAAGGAAUGAGGGUCCAUUUAGAAAAAGCAAAGGAUCUAGAAGAGGUAAUAGUGGAAGUUCCAAGUUCCCUGCCCAUUUUUCUAGUAGUAUUACUAAAGCCCACAAAGAGCUGCUUUUCUCAGGGGUUGUUUUCUCCCCUAAUCUUAUUCCUAGGGAGGUUGUUCAUAAGAUCUUGGGGCACUGGAAAGGGAGGGAGAUGAAAUUGCCUUGAAAAAGUGAUUCAUGAAAGUGUUCUGGCAGCUGUUGACAGUGGCUUCCAAAUAUAGGAGCCUUAUACUCCUAUAGGAGCAUAUGGAUCUCCCUGUGCCCAGUCAGAAUGCAUGGAGAGAACCUUGCACCCCACUGCCAUCCCAGUGUUGUCCUGGGAAACCAAUGAUUUAAUUACCAGUCUUUCCAGGCUUCUGUUUCACAGGGGGUGGAAGAGGUAUUGAGGGACGGCAGGGUUCAGAAUCCCUGCAGAAUUGCCCCUCCAGCUGGAAGGGGAAGGGUUGAGACAUCAAGUAUUCCUAAGAAGUACCUAGAAAGAAUGGCCCGUGCCCAAGUCUCCUGCAGAAAGACUUGAUCACGGGGCCAUGGCUUCUUUCCCCAACCAAGCAGUCGAGAACCAGGACUUAAGAGCUGGGACACUUGGUCUUUCUGGAACUCUCAUCUUCCUGAUGCCAGAAUCCCUCCCACGGGCCCAGUGGAAGCCUGGGAGCUCAGUUAGUGCCCAAAAUGAAUGGAUCCCUGUCGGUGACAGGCCUGUGGUCAGCCCUGGGUGCGCCUGCUGUUCCCUAGGCCACGUUCUGUGUCACUGACCGGAGGAACCCUCCUGGGGUCACAACAUUUAACCAGAAGACCAAGGGUCGGAGGGUGACCCUUGGGGGAGGUUGCUGCUGGUGGCAGUUUGUACAGAGUCCCUCCGCGUCACAAUACAACCUUAUACCAGUUCCUGCUGCUGUAGAAACAGGCCCAUCAGCAGCUGGUAGUAAUAGCCCUGUGGGAGAAAUAGUUCCCUCAUAUUCUCUCUCAGGGACUGAAAGCCUGGAUUUUGCCCUUUGUGUAAUUUCAAGCCUUGGUUCUGAGGGAGGCAGCCCCAGAAAAAGCCCCCAAAGAAGCAGGACUGCUCUUCCCUGGUUCCUCGGUGUUUGCUGAGUGCUCUUUGACCCUUCCUGUGUCCUUGCUGGUCUAGUUUGGAAAUAGAGGAGAUAGUUUAAAAAGUCCCCACCAGAGGCGGUGACUGCGGUCUCCGGGGAGCUACCUCCGUGCCAAAGUGCCAGUGGGCCUGGUAGCUGAGAGGAGUCCUUUCUCACCGCGUCUCCUCCCCCUGUGCUGUGGCUAUCCCCACCCCUUGGGCCACGCAGCAUGUAUGUGAGAAGAAAGUGAGCAUUCACUGGGGGCCUGAAGUUGCUUCCCUGUUCCCCCCGCCCUCCCCUGGGCCCAGCAGUCAGUGCUCCUUCUGUCCUCGGACAAUCGACGUUUCUAAAAGCCCCCCAGUGCUAAUAGAUCCUCCUUGGGACAAGACUCCACCCCAAGGCUGCGGGAGAUGGAAGAGGAGGUGGGAGAGGAGAGGCUGACAGCUGGUUCCCUUAGCCUCCCCCUCCAUGCCCAUCCCUCAGCGUGGCCCGAGGGCCCUGGGAGAAACAGCAUGGCCUAGGAGAGCGGGCUCCGGCUCUUGGCUGCUCCAAGGCAACCCCCUCCCCUUCUCUUGGACUCAGUGUCUACACCAGCCAAAUAAAGCAGGUGGACUACAGCGGUGCUUUUAUUCAGCCCUGACCUUGUAUCGCCCGGUGUGGCCAACAGAGGGUCAGCCCAGAGAAAGGGAUGGAGUCUCCCUUCUGGCACGUGCCAGUGUGUGACCGGGGCAAGUCCCUUAGUCUGAGAACCCCAAGUAAUUGACCCUCUUGAAAUUAAAUUACAAAUUGAGUUUCCAUAUCCAAAAUACCAAUAACCUCCCUGUUCUGAGGUUCUGGUUUGGGCCCCCUGUUCUGGGCCCAAAACAAUGAAUGUGCCUAACUUUUGGGGUUUCCUGGGCUGCCAUUCUUAUUACUCCCUUUCCCUGGGACGUCUCCCAGGCCCUCACUGGAGACACGGCAGCUCCGGUCCCUGAGAGGGGCUCCGCUUUGGACUGCCUGCCUCUGCACCUUUGUCUCUGGGUAUCCAGCCUUCUCUGGACCUCAGAUCCUCGUCGGAAAAAGCGGUUGGAUGGGCUGGUCCCUGGCCCCUCACCCUCCUUGCUACGGCCCGCACCUCCUUUUCAGAAUCUUUCUUGUGCUCUGUUAUAAGCUCCAGGAUGCCCCCCUUUACUUCCCGGCUGCCAGUCUCAUGGCUCCUGGGCCCAUCCGACCCAAGCUCUGGUAGAGGAAAGAUGUCUGUGCCGUCAGCUAGCCUGGCUUUGUUUCCCAGGACACAAACACCCACUUAAUAACUCAGUAAUUACCCCCCUCACCACAGACGGUAUAAUUACAUACUCGGCCUAGGGGGAAUAAUGACACUGUGCUUCGUUAUUUCUGUCAUCAAAAUCAGGGCAAUCACAAGAGCCCGGGGGCUCCGUGUGGGCCCGUCUCGGGCUCCGGGAGCCGGCUCCGCCCGUGCCCUGUGCCCGCGGCUCCCUGGGCAGGGUCCGGCUCUGUAAUUACCUGAUGGUUGAUAACAAGGAGCCCUCCCAGCUCUGGGCGCUGACGUUUCAGGAAGACGGAUGGUUAACUGCCACUGCCCUCUCUCUGGUUCCGGGCUGAAUGACCUGUGUGGCUCUCACUCUCCGUGAAGGGCUGAACGGUUCUGGGGUGGCCCCUCUCUCAGGGGAACUCGGGGUUUAGGAGUCUGGAGGGGUCGGUUCUUUUGCAACCAAAAGAAUAACCCUAAUAGUGGCAUUUUAGGACCCUCACAAGCCAGCAAAGUGAGGGUCAGGGAAAUCUUUGAAGUGAAUGGCAUCCUGGAGCCAGAGACUGCAGUAUUUUUAAAUUUUUACUGGGACAACUUGGGAGUUGAUUUCUCUUACUAUCGAUUAUCUAGACUUAAGAAAGUGAUGGAGAAAACAUUCAUUAUUUAGGUUAAAAGUGUGUCCUGUGAACAUUUUUUAAAUUGGAGAGCUGAUUGUUAAAUGUUACUAGCAUGCCGUUAUUCGUUGUGUUCCUCAGGAGUUUACCAUACUUCUUGAGGGUUCAGCUUCCUUCUUUGUUGAAUGAGGAGGUUAGUCUAGAUGACCCGAGGUGAGUUCCAGUUUUAAGUGAACCAUCCUGUGAUGUAUGACAUCAUGUAGGUCUCCAUCUUCUUAACACUUAACGUGGUUCAAAAGAAGGAGCACCUGCAGUGGAAGGUGUUCUGAAUCCAGAGGCAGAGGCCCAGAGAAAACCCCAUGGCCGAUGCUUACUUAAGACCUGUGUAAACCUGGCCAAGUCCCAACCUCUCUGGGACAUCUGUAAAGUGGAGAGGGUUCCAUUCCAUGGCCACAAAGAUCCCUUCUCGCUAGAGACCUACAAGACAUCCGAGACAUCCGUGCACACUAACUGGAGGGUGUUGAGCCUCUGUUUUCUCAAAGGAUAAAGGAAAAGGUUGAACUCCAUGAACUUCAAGGUUUGACCUGGUUGGUUUUGAUCAAGUCCCCUGGUCCGGAAAUUUCAGCUCAUGGGUUUGGGUUUUCUUUAGGGAUGCUUGAUUGAAGCACUGUUGUUUUGGAGAGAGAAAGGUGAGAGAAUAGGUCAAAAGAUAGGGAUGUGCUAAAGCCAGUUUAUACCAGGAAGUCAAUUGUUAAAAUUUCAGAGUGGGCAGUUACAGCUUGGAGAUUGGUAAAUGCUACAGAUAUCAGGGCUCAAUUUAUUGUUUUGUUGAUUGUCUAAACUUAAGAAAGUAUUGGGAAAAAUGUUAACAAUGCAGAUUUUUUUAAAAAGCUGUUUAACAUUUACUGGAGCUCCCAUAGAAAGAACUUGGAGAUUUGCCUAGUUGUCAUGGCAGGAAGGAGACUUGGGUGUCUUUAUCAAUGUCUUUAAAGCAUCUUUCUACAUUACAACCUAAUGUUUUGCCAGUCCACUCUUACUCCUUACCUCUCACUCCCCAAUCCAUGACCCAGGUAGGAAAGUAGGUGAAACCAACCCUUUUUUAAAAUCAGCUUGUCUUGGGCAGUGCCUUUGAGCAAAUUUGCUCCAAAACUAAAGAUGCCAUGGAAGCCAGAGGUGAAUUUCUGCCAAAAUGCUGAAUGAGUGACAGCUGAGCUAUUUGGCAAGUCAGAGGACUCUCCCAAAGCUGUGAAAUGGGGGUCUGGGAUCAAGCCCAGCUUCCUGGGGGCACCGGGCCUACUCUCAGGACUUUUGAACAUUAGACCUUCAGCAGUGGGGACAAAGCCCAAACUAGCCACAGAAAGCAGCCACCUUGGAGUAGUUGUCCAGCCAUGUGGAAGGGAUAAAGCAGGUAAGGGAUUAUGAGUGAGAUGGUAAGAAAGGGGAGGCAGGGAAUGAGGAAUGCUGCUGGCCUACGGUUUGUGAAGGCUUUUAUCAGCAUUGCCUCAGCCCAGGCCUUUUCCCUCUCUCUGCACAUCCCUUAUUGGAAGAGUCUGGCUUGGGGACAAAAGUCAGAUUUGGGAGAGAACAAGAGCCGACUAUAACUCACCCUUAGGAACCCAAGGGAACAAAUCCGACUUCCUCUUCUUGCCCUUCAACAUGCCAGUCAAGGGGCAAAGCUCCCGGCCCCUCAGACCACCCCCGCCCUGCACCUACAGGUCAGUUCUGUGACCACUUUCAGUUUGGGGGAAGCGCUCUUUGAUGUCCUUAUCCACCCAUACCCAAAGGCAGUCAUGUUUCACAAUAAGAUUAUUAACUGGGCUUUCUUGGGAAAGAGGGUGGAAGUUACUAUUCCGUCAGGACGUGGGUCCAUCUUUCUUCUGUCCUCCCCACUAGCACUGCUUACCCCAUCCUUGGCCAUUUAGGCAUCGCACCCAAGAGAUGACUACUGACUCUCUUAGGGCUUUUUUUAACCCCAUAACUACUCAAAGAUCUCCCAAAACUCAGGAAAGGCGUCAGAUACCAGCCUUGACUCCAGGACCUCAUUCUAGGUCUGAUAAAGUCUAAGAUUGACUAAUAACAGAAUGGAGAGUCCUAUAACAAGGAUGACCCCACAAAAUGAUCUUAUACACCUCUUGACUCCUCAAAGUUCAGCUCCUAAGUCGUCCACCAUAGGUUUUGGAGAUCUCCAAGGUUAGUGAUUCCACAAGCUCUGAGUAGUUCUAUCUAACCCACAUCCUUCCUUCUGUUCAUCUCUUCUUAUUCUGUUCUUGUAUGUUGCUUAGCAUACUCCAGGAAUAACCCAUCAUUUCCAUGAAUAUUAUGAAGUCACCCCUGUCUUCUUUUCUUCAGGCUAAAUAAUUCCAGACCCCUCGUGUUUUCAAGAAGGCAGAAAGAGAGUGGAAGAUGUAUGUAGCCUUUCUUCUCUUUUUUGGCUUUUCUCUGGCUCUUCAUAGAGUAAAUUUCCUCUAGCCUGAUCACUGGCUCAAGGAGGCAAGAGAAGAAAUCCAGACUCGAAAUGCAAAGUUGCUGGGUGGGAGGAAGCACUGCAGAACUUGUUAGGAUAUUUGCACAGAUAGAGUCGAUUCUAAGUAUGUAAAACAGACAUUUCAAUGAGCAUAUUCCAUUCCCAGGCUGCACUUGAAAAAGCUGACCAUUCAACAUCGAAAGGACAGAGUUGUAGUCUGAGGGAAAUCAGACCCUAGAAAGACCAACUGAAAAAGGAUAAGAGAAAGAAAUAUUUAGCACUGUUGGAUAUCUAGAAACCGAGUUUCCUGUUGCUCCCUGGCAUAUGGCCUUUGCCUCUCUGCCUCCAGACAAGAAUUAAGAAUACUCUUAAAAAAUAACUACACUUAGAAUUUCUUGUUACACAGGUCUCCUGUUAUCACAGGAUAGUGAUGAGAGCAGCAUCCCUCUUACAAAAGGCAACAACCAAAAAGGUCUUGAAACCCCAGAAGAGGCAGGGAAAAGGGAAGAAAAAUCACUCUUUAUUCCAGAGCUCAAAGCUUUUUAUUUGAUCUAUUCUGAACAUUAAUCCUUGCCUUGUAAUGAAUGGAUAAAGAAAGGGAAAGGUUGUGGCCAGGAGAGGGUUCCCUCUACGAGGGAGCUGUUCUCUCCUGCCCUUACACCAAGAUCAGCCUUAAGCUAAUCUCAUUCUCCUUUCUCAGUAAAGGCUGGCAGUUCCAUUAACCAAUGGCACAGUUUUUGCAUAACUUCUUCCUAUCCCUCUUCCUCUCUCCUUCUCUCUCUUUCUUGAAGAUCUACUCUCAAUCUGAGCUUUUCUCAGCACUUUUCUCCUUCUCCCCUGCUCCAUGGUUCAAUAGCUGUUCCUAGUAUCUCCAUAGGGAGAGUCCCUGCCAUCCUAGCUUCCCAACCCUUGGUAUUUCCCCACUCAGUCAGUGGACACUGCCCAGCUUCCCACCAGGAACACAAAAUCCCACCCAUCUGAUGGAGUUAUCUCACUCUUUGGCAAAGCCUUCUCCUGUGGGUGCAGUCUUGCCCUAUCCACCAGCAUCCCCACCCAAUCUGUAUUAACUGUAAUUUUGUAAGACGAGUGACUCUUUGGUUUAAUAAAUCUUUAGUUACUGUAAUAAUUUAUUGGCUGUCCGUAAUGUAUUUAUUAGUCUCCAUAUGUUAAUAAAGUGCCAGCUCUUUCCUAGUGUGA